AUGACCGUAGCGACAGCAGCCUUGGUUUUCUUCGUCACAAUUUUCGCCUUGAUCAGCUCGCCAGCACGAAACAGUAAAGUGCUCCGACCAUGGGCCACGGACGCGGGCAUCAUCCACAGCGGCGCAAAGCCAACAUCAUCAAAGGCGGCGUGGAAGGACCCUCCCAAGCGAAACAUGCACAUCCUGCUCCCGGCCACGCAGAGUAAUGUCAACUUCUGCAAGACAUUGCUGAGCAUGACCAUUCUCGGCUAUCCCAACCCAACCAUACUGGCUUGGGGCGACGAUGACGAAAGCGGCGGUCUGCUGGGAGGCGGCUCCCACUUCGCCAAGAUCACGCGCGUCUUGGAGUACAUCAAUAACGAGGAGCGGAGAAAAGAUCCUGCCUUUGAAGACGAGCUUGUGUUCAUGCUGGACAGCUUUGAUAUCUGGUUCCAGCUCCCUGUCCACCAGCUCCUAGAUCGGUACGACACCUUGCUCGAGCAAGAGAAUGCGCGCGUGAAGCACCGCUUGGGAAAGGCCUACGAAAAAGAGGGCAUCAGGUCGCAGAUUGUUUUUGGCGCAGGCAAACGCUGCGCGCCCAAUAUCCUCCACAGCGUCGCGUGCUACCCGACCCCGGAGUCGCCUCUCCCCAUGGAUCUCAGAGGUGCGGCCACCGACACCGUCUUGGGCUACAGCCCCUGGUCCAACUACAGGACGCGCUAUCUCAACUCGGGAUACAUCAUCGGGCCAGUCCGCGAGCUGCGGCCGCUGCUAGAGCGCGCUGCCGAGAAACUCGCGGCGUGUGCGAACCAGGGCGACCUGCCCAUCGACAAUGGCUAUGGCUCCCACGAGUGCUUCCGCGGGAGCGACCAGAGUAUCUUCAUUGAGAUCUUUGGCGAACAGGAGUUUCACCGCGAGACGAUGCGGCGCCACCACCGCAACAAGAUGGACGACUGGCUUGACGCCAUUGUCGCCAAUAGGCCUGCUUCGAAACCGCCUGCCACGCAUAUCCAGGGGGCGCCCAUCAACGACAUGCUGAACCCAGAGUUCGACCACGAGCUUCGCAGCGCGCAAUGGGUGCCGGAUAAGCCGUGGGAGUUUGGGAUCGCACUGGACUACUGGUCCACCCUGGGCCACCAGACCUCCAACGCAGCCCACGACUACCGCUACCUGCGUCACGACCAGCCGAUCGAGGAGCAGAUAGGCAACAAGGGGUGGUUCGACUGUCCCGGCAAGGGUUCUGACCUUGCCGACUUGCCAGAGGGCAAGAUCCCCAUUCUCGCGGGCCAAGAGCCCAGUAGCUGGAAGGCUCUCCCGCUGUACACGGAGAUCUGCCUCGGUGUCGUGCCCGUCAUGAUCCACCACAACUCUGUCAACAAGGGCCAUCGCGAGAAGGAGUGGGACCAGGUCUGGUGGCACGGUCGUGCGAGGGAGCUCCUCGAGUGGCGGCGGACGCAGGGCGCACCACAGCUGGUCAAGGGCAUCCCAGCCGAGAAUGGUCCCGUGCUGAAGUGGGAGGAGUUGUGUCCAGCGGACAUCGAGCCUGAGCUGUUCAGGGAUGGGAAUCAGGACUGA